AUGGCUUGGUUCACGACUUUGCCUUGGGGAUCCAUUGCGAAAUUCCGUGAUUUCUCGUCAAAGUUCCUCGUUAAGUUCUCCGCAAGCAAGAUCAAGCAUGUCACAAUUGAUGAUCUGUACAAUGUUCGUCAGUUAGAACGGGAAACCUUGAAGCAAUAUGUGAAGCGGUACAGUGCUGCAUCUGUGAAGAUCGAGGAGUUGGAACCACAAGCCUGUGCGCGCGCCUUUAAAAAUGGACUGCUGCCUGGAAAGCUGAACAACAAGUUAAGUAGGAAACCAGCUCGCUCGAUGACGGAAGUUCGCGCUCGGGCGAAUACCUACAUCCUGGAUGAGGAGGACGACGCGUUCAAGAGAAGGCGUGCGAAAACGGAAAAGGAUGGCGGGCAAAAGGACGUGUCACCGGCAGGAAAGCAAGGAUGGGAGAAGGGAGAAAGCAGUAAGCGAAAGGAUAAGAAGGUCAAGCAACCGGAGAAAUUUGCAAAGGAGCAACUCUAUCCAAAGAAGGAAAGUUUUGAGCGUCGGAGCCCAUGGCUCCAAGCCGACUCUCGCCGGCGAGAGGAGUCGGGCAAAAGUCUGAGUGCACAUUUGAUAGAACUACUUCGGGAGGUCAAGGCCACGCAUGCAGUCGAAGAGGGCGAGAGGGAAUUCAACCCGCCUCGGGCGGCGAUAGAUAAAACCAAGUGGUGUGAGUACCAUCGCUCGGCAGGUCAUGGCACCAUAGAUUGCUUCACGCUGAAAAAUGAGAUUGAAAGGCUAAUCAGGGCGGGACGCUCACAGUUGAAUGAUCGAGGUGAUCGUUGGCAAGGCGAUCGACAACAAGGGAAUUGGCACAAGGGGAACCGUCAACGCGAUGAUCGCAGGCGAGACGACCGUCGUCAGACACCAACAGCAGACAAGAAGGAGACAUUGGCGACAAGAAAGAAAGGAGCUGAAGAAACCUUCAACAAAGACCUUAAACUGCCGGUUGGGACGAUAAAUAUAAUCGCAGGGGGUUUCGGCGGAGGCGGUGUCACGCCCUCGGCGAGAUGCAGGCAUGUGAGGGCGGUAACUUCAGUGCAAGAGUUUUCAACCCCAUUCGGUUUUCAACACCCAAACAUAGUGAUAUCGUCUGCGGACUUUGAGGGAAUUAAGACACAUAAAGACGAUCCUGUGGUGGUAAUAGUAAGGAUCAAUAGUUUCAAUGUGCGGAGAGUGCUCUUAGAUCAGGGUAGCUCUGCGGAUAUCAUCUAUGGCGACGCAUUUGACCAGUUAGGGUUGACAGACCAAGACUUGUGA